GUUUUCCCACAGAAUUGAUACUUUCACUGAAGAAAGGUAGCCGUGUCGUGGUUUCCACCGCCGCUGCUGGUGAUGUCAGACGGGGCUGGGUCAUGUGAAGGGCAGCAGCGGAUGAGGUUCACCAAGAGUUCAGCCGCAUACAUUAGGUAACACCAUCGGUCGCUGUGACAUAACUAGUAUGAAGAAGGCUGAGUUGAGACAUUCGUCAAUGGAGAAGAGAUAAGAAGACAUACUACAAACUUUGUUAUGCAAAAAACGCUCCAGACCUUAAUGUUUGGAAUCGCUGCGCUCUGCUGGAGGAGUCCGCCGGCUGCGCGUCAACAUGCAAACACUUUGUGAGCGUCUGUGGGAAAUGUAGGUCUGACCCUGCGCGCACAAACAGUGUGAUCAUAGACUGUGUGAUACAGGCAUGCUUUACUGUUUAAUGACGUUUGCAUCAAGUAGCCCAUAAACUGCAGCGGUGCGAACUCAGAUAGAAACCACCCUGUUUGGAGGAUUUUACGCGCGCCCACCACCUCCACACGGACUUCGCUGAGAGCCCAGCAAGAAUCAUGUUUGAUUUUAUGGAAUUUCAAGCUUUCGGUCCCGGAGAAAUCAUUGACUUCUACAGCACUUCCAGCCCUGCCUGCAUGCUGCAGGAGCAGGAGCAGGAUUUGGCGGAUUUCUUCCCUGAGCUGAUCGAGUCGGACUGGCAGGAGCACCGGUGCUCGCAAUGUAGUGGAAGCCAGAGCUCCAACUCUAGCUCGGAUGAUCUGCUUCACCAGCCCCCAUCCCCACCUCCACCUCCACGCACUUACAAGCCCUGUUUUGUGUGUCAAGACAAGUCCUCGGGCUACCACUUAGGGAGUCAGUCGCCCUGUGAAGGCAUUGCGAGAGGUAACGGCUUCUUCCGCCGCAGCGUGCAGAAAAACAUGGUGUACACCUGUCACCGCGACAGAAACUGCAUCAUUAACAAGAUCACAGGAACCGCUGUCAGUUACUGUCGGCUGCAGCGGUGCUUCGCUGUGGGAAUGUCCAAAGAAUUUUCCCUCAGCGGUGAGAACGACAGAAACAACAGAAGGAAGGGGAAGAAGGAAGCGGUGAAAAUGACCGUUAUGGAGACAUACGAGCUGACGGCAGAGCUGGGCCUGAUCGUGGAGAAGAUCUGCAGGGCUCACAGAGAUACCUUCCCCUCCCUUUGCCAGCUGGGAAAAUACACCACAGCCUCCAGUUCAGACCACAGGAUCCAGCUGGACCUCGGGCUGUGGGACAAGUUCAGCGAGCUCGCCAACAAGUGCAUCAUCAAGGUGGUGGAGUUUGCCAAGCGAGUCCCCGGCUUCACCGGCCUCACAAUCGCUGACCAGAUCACUCUGCUCAAAGCUGCCUGCCUUGAUAUCUUGAUUCUGAGGAUUUGCACUCGCUACACUCCUGACAAGGACACAAUGACCUUCUCUGAUGGAUUGACUUUGACCCGCACUCAGAUCCACAACGCAGGAUUCGGACCGCUGACGGAUCAGGUUUUCACUUUUGCUGGGCAACUGCUGCCACUAGAAAUGGAUGAAACGGAAAGCGGGCUCCUCAGUGCCAUUUGUCUCGUCUCUGGAGACCGCCAGGACCUGGAGGAGCCGUCGAAGGUGGAAGUGCUGCAGGAGCCACUGCUGGAGGCGCUGAAGAUCUACUCCCGUAAGAGACGACCAAGCAUGCCCCUUAUGUUCCCCAAGGCCCUCAUGAAGAUCACUGACCUGCGCAGCAUCAGCGCUAAAGGAGCUGAGCGAGUGGUGACACUAAGGAUGGAGAUCCCCGGCUCCAUGCCUCCACUGAUCGAGGAGAUGUUGGAGGAUCUACAGAACCUGGAGAAACAGCAGAAGUCAGUCACCAUUCAGCACAUGCACAACUCCUCUACUUUCUCGCUCUGAAUCUGCUCUAAGAACUUGUCUUCCCUCCAAGAGAAAUUAUUAACAAUAUAAUGUACAGAUGCAGUUCAGAGGGUUACUAGUUUCUUACCUCACUUAAUGUCCAGAGUCUCCCAGUGAAUAUUUAGAACUCUAUCUGCAGACAAGUCAGAGAAUUCAGUUUAACCAUUUUUUUCCAAAAAAGUUCAUGUCUCUUAACUCAAAUCCUGCUUCAAAAGAAGAACAGGAGACUCGUGCAGUAAUGUUUUAAUCUCGACUUCUGUUUUCAUGAACCUUGCAACAUGACCACUGAGAAUCACUCUCAGCCUUUCUUCAGUGUUUCUGGUUUUUAAUAUAUUUAUAUGUGCAUGAGAUACCACAUGGAUUCAUACUUUACCUCAUUUAGCAGUAGCACUCGUAAGAUAGUGAACAUAUGGAAGUUUUUUUAACUUUAUACACAAAAAGUCAAAGUCUACUGUUUGUCUCAUAUGUUUGUGUAAAAAGAAAAGGGAAACGUAAAUGCAAAAAAAAUACUUAUAAAUGCGAAUGUUCAUAAUUGACUGUAACAAAGUUCACAUACUAAUGUAACUCAGUUGAUAUGGGAAGAAUUUUAGUAACAGAUAAGUCCAUUGAAUACACUAUUGUGUUUGCUUGUUGCUCAGUGAAUGUCAGAGUUUUUGCUGGAAAUUAACUUGUUUCACUGCAUCAAAUAGUAAAUAGUUAUACACAGAUAGCAGGUAAAUGAUAAUAUACAACUUUAUAUAUUAUUUCACUUUAUAAAUGGAACUUGCCAUUCCAUAUUGUCAGAGAGUAUUUUAGCUGUUAUUGGGGCUAUUAUUGUUAAAACACUGAAACAAUCCUGUUGUUGUUUCUUGAUUAGGAUUUUAUAAAGACAUUUUCAGCAUUGGUCUACUGCUCCAUGCACUACACUGAAAUAUCUCAACAUGAAAUAAUCUCGAUGAUCCUGCAGCAUUCCUAGUAGCACCAUCCUCAUGUCCAAACAAGUUGUCCUUUGUGCUGAUUAACGAAUGUCAGUUGUUAGAUUUUUGCUCCUGUCACAUUUUACUCACUGUGAGACUGUUUUUCACUGCAAUAUACAGUCUAGUACCUUUUACGGAAACAACACAAUUAUGACUAGAAGUAGAGAGAACUCUAAAAUAUCUUCUGUACAUCCUAACAAAGUUUCAAUCAUAACUUGUUUAAAAAGAAACAAAAAUUUAAUUUGUUAUUUUAUAAAAAACUGAAAAAUGUGGAAUUAAUAUGUUCAAUAAGUGCCCACAAGUGUUACUAUUACUGAAAAAAUGCAGACUCUACAUAAUAGAAAUAUGUUACUGUUUACAUUUCAUUGGUUUCCAUACUUGUCUCCUCUCUGUCUGCGUAAACACUGCCUCCUGUUCAACCACAUUCAGUUUUUGUCAGGUGACUGCUGGUUGCAGCCUGGUCACGAUUUCUCGGUUCUGCUGCACAGCGCCAAAUUGUUUGCAGUCUUUGGCAAACAGUUUACUUUUGGCUAUUUUUAAAAUGAGGCCUGUAGAAUGACUUAAUUUUGCUUACAUUUAAGUUCAAGCUUAUAUUUGUUUACUUUUACCAACAAAACUGCACAUCACACAUGAUGAGGUCAACAACCAUCGGAGAGCUUGAAAUCUGAGGAUUCUUUGUUAUUAUAGCUUCGUGGUUUGAUAAAUGAUUUAAUUUUAGCAUUUUUUCUAAAAAAUGAACAUGCCUUUCAUACCUGCCGGCGGGUUUUGGGUUCCGGGGGGGGGGGGGGAAAGCGUUAAGGGUGAUAAACUAAAAUCAAAAUGCUUAUCGACCAGCUCACCCCUCAGCAGCCAUUUUAUGACCUGAACCCUGUCUACAUAAAUGGGUAGAGCCAUGACUGAAAUUUCAAUGAUCACCAGGACAUAAAAUUGUAUGUGUAGAGUUAAUUUUUCUUGGAUACGCAUUGUACUAUGGGAAUUUAAAAAAAAUAGAUUAUAGGAAUUAUGUGGUCUGAAAUCUCAAAUGUCUGAUAGAAUCUGACAAGUAGGAAUGAAAUCUUAAAUGUUUUUUUGCUUUAAAAUGUACAUGCUUUGAACUGACUGUUGUAAACAAACAUCCUGUACUGUAACAACUCACAUGUGCCUGAUGUAAAUGUGCCAGCAUCUUCCAUACCUUUUACAUUUUUACAUGUUCUGUAUAUACAUAUGGCCAUUUUUCACAUUGGGACAUGACUAAACACAUUUCAUACGUUUGCGUUGGUCUAUUAAAGCCUUGUGUACUGAG